AUGACCUCUGCUAGUAUUCGAGAUCAAAAAGUAUUUAUUGCUGAAACCUCAAUUGAAGGACGGUAUCGAGCAAUUCUUUCAUUAUUUAAACAACACAGUACUGAUUUUAAAAUAAACCAGUUAUUAUUUUGUACAGCCGAUACUAACUGGAUGGAAAUAUGUGCAUUUAUCUAUCGUUGUUUCUAUUCAUCUUCUAUACUUCACCAAUUAGUAGAACCAGAACGUUUGUCGUUCAAUGUGCAAGAUCAGUGCUGUCGGUUAUUGAAUGAUUUAGUAGAACAUAAUCCAACUCAGCAAUUUAAACUGGGUAUCGUCACAACCGAUAAUCAAAUUCAUUUCAUCAAUGGAAUCCGACGUAUUGACAAAGUCGGAAAUGUACGCGAUGCAGAACUAUUAAACGAAGAUGAACUGAAAACUCUAAUAUCAUCAUUAGUCAAAAACUAUUGUCUUGUAUCAUCGAGAAUAACUGGACUUGGCAAAACAACAUUUAUUCAGAAACAUGCACAAGCAUCAAAACAUAUAGUGACAAAAUUUCCAAUCAGCGGAGAUUUGAAUAUUAAGCAACUUGGUGAACGUUUAUUACAACACAGUACAUCAAAUGCAAUUCAUUUUGAUAUUGGUUCAGUUGAAAAUAUCAACUUACUCAAUUCAAUACUUUUUUGUCUAUGUUUAUUUCGAAGUUAUUGUUUUUCACAAACAAUUAUUUAUUUACCUGUAGAUACCUUGCUAUAUUUUGAACUUGAAUCAUCACCAUUUUUUAAUUUACAAAAAGAUAUUUAUAUAUUUCGAUGUUUAAAUCUACAUACAUUAACUGAAUUAAACAUUAAUGAAGUUGCUGUCAAAGAUGAACGAUUACAGUAUGUUGUUCGGUAUUUGUAUGGAAUUGAAAAUAAUGAAAUUAAAUCUAAAGAUAUAAAAUUUAUCGAUCCCAAAUUGAUUAACGAUCGAGUAUGUAGCACAUUAAUCCAAAAAUAUUUCAUUCGAGAUAAAGAUCAAAACUAUCUCACAUGGACGCAGUUGAAAAUAUUUAUCAAUGUAUUUUACAAUUUAUUUAAUGGUUUUUCAAAUUGUGGAUAUUUUUUAGUUGAAGCAUUAGAAGAGCCACAAUUACGUAUGGAUAUUAUAAAAACAUUUCUUCAAUCAUUAAGCCAGUUUACAUCAAUCUCUGUUAAAUCUGUACGUGAAAAACAAGUAAAUUUAACCAGUGUGGAACAGAUUAAUGACAUACAGAGUACUUCUGUUAUCCGGUGGGAUAAAAUACAACCAUUUACCGUAGUUUUCACCCAUUCUUAUGAUCCAUUAUUUGUUUAUAAAACACCAAACGAUGUUCCAAAAUCACUCAUACAAUAUUUUAAUGCCUAUUCAAAGAAAAAUAGUGGAUGGUUACCAAACGCAACAAAUGAUAUAUUUAUGGAUUACAAUCGACUAUCGCAUACGGAGCUUUUCUAUAAAUUAACUUCAUUAUCAAUAAAAUAUUGGAACAAAGCGAUAUGCGAACAAUGUUUCCAACAACAUCCUUAUGAAUCUUCUAUAUGUCUGUCAUGCAAAGUACCACUCUUAAAACCGAAAUCAUUUGAUGCUCCUGAUAUCAAACGGUUUCAAACGGAGGUUGCUCAAAUACUUGAAAAAGAAUAUGUAAUAACACCCGAUAAUUAUAUUAAAAUGCUAUUGAUAUGGUUAAGAAUAACUAGUGACUUACCAGUGCUCAUCAUGGGUGAAACAGGUUGCGGAAAAACAGCGUUGAUCAAUUUUUUAUGUCAGAAAAUUUUAGACGAUGAACUGUACGUAUUUCAUAUACAUGCUGGUGUGACAAGUACAAAAAUAAUUAUUACAGUAAAAGAUCAAAUGGAAAGAGCUGCACAAUUAGCACAGAUUCAGAAACGUUUAUGGUUUUUUUUUGAUGAAUUCAACACAACAAAAGAUGUUGGUCUUAUUAAAGAAAUUAUAUGCGCACGAACAUUGUUAGGUGAACAAUUACCAAAAAAUAUGGUAUUUUUAGGUGCAUGUAAUCCUCGUCGACGUAAAACGGAAAAAGUUCAUUUUGAUGAUGAUAUUGGUAUUAAAAAAGAUCAAUAUGAAAUACAGAAAUCGAAUUUAGGAGAACAUUUAUUGUAUACGGUUGUACCAAUUCCAGAAACAAUGGUUGAAUAUGUUUACGAUUAUGGUUAUCUUGAUAACGUAACAGAAUGUAAAUAUAUUGAAACAAUUCUUCAAACGUGUAAAAAUUUAACAACUAACAAACAAUUUUUCAAUGCAAUUGUAUGUGGUAUCUGUCAAUCACAGAUUUAUUUAAGAAAGAUUGAAGAUGUAUCAAGUGUCAGUCUUCGAGAUGUUGCUCGCUAUCGUUUGAUAUACAACUGGUAUUAUGAUACAUUUGACAAGCGUAAUACUCGUAUUGAAUCGGCUGACAAAAUAUUAAAUUCAGCAGUAUUGUCAUUAAUGCUGUGUUACUAUUUUCGUUUACGUUCGGAUCCCGUAAAGCUGGAAUAUGUUAAGAUGCUUAAAAAUGCCAUCGGAUAUAAUCAAAUAAACAAUACUGUUAUUGAAAAUAUACUGGAAAAUGAGCAAAAAACAUUAAUUGACAGCAUGAAAGAAAAACCAGUGGGAACUGCUGUGAAUCGCGCAUUACGAGACAAUAUAUUUGUAAUGUUUGUAUGUAUAUUAAAUCGAAUUCCGGUCAUAUUGUGUGGUAAGCCCGGAUGUAGUAAAACAUUAGCAAUACAAAUUAUUAUUAGCAAUUUAAAAGGAAAGAAAUCUAAUGAUACAUAUUUUCAAUCAUUGCCAGAAGUGAUAGCAGUCUCAUAUCAGGGAACAAAAAAUUGUACAUCUGAAAGUAUCGAAAAUGUAUUUGAACGUGCGAAAAAAUAUAGCGAUGCACGUACACAAACGGAACUCUUACCAGUGAUCGUAUUCGAUGAAAUCGGCUUAGCCGAAUUAUCACCACAUAAUCCUCUUAAAGUAUUACAUAACGAAUUAGAAAUUGAAAAUUGUAAAUAUGGUUUUGUUGCCAUAUCCAACUGGCGAUUGGAUGCAUCUAAAAUGAACCGUACAUUGUAUCUGGCUUGCCCGGAUACAAUAAUCGAAGAUUUAAAAUUAACAGCAAACACAAUAUACAAAAGCAUAGUUGAACACCAAUAUAUUCAGCUAGACGAUGUUUUCAUGGACGGGCUAGCACAUGCAUACCUUGAACUAUGUUAUGAAUUGAAAAGACAAAAGAGUAAUGAAAAUUAUUUUGGUCUUCGUGAUUUCUAUUCAUUGAUUAAAGGAGUUGUAAAGGAAUUUGAUCAAAUGGCAAGACAGUCUCAAAUGAAUAUUGGUGAUAGUGUGAUAUUUCCCAUAAUUCGGAAACAGCUGAAAAUUAAUUUUGAUGGUAUUAUCGAUGGUUCUGAAUAUAUGUGGAAACGUUUCUGUUGUUAUACAAAACAUGAAGAAUUAUUGGAAGAGUGCGAGUUACCGAGUUUUAAACAAUUAUUAGGUCAGUCGUUAAAUGAUCGUAGUGGUCGUUAUCUUAUGUUAAUAUCAGAUUCCGAUAGUUUCAUUGAUUAUAUUGAAAGAUAUUUAACAAGAACAACAGAUAAUGUUCGAACAUUAAUUGGUAGUCAAAUAGCCGAUGAUCUGGAUAAUGAAACAUACGAUUAUCGUGUACUCAUGGAUGUGAUAUUAUAUGCUGAAAAACCAAUUACGCUGAUUAUGCGAAAAAUGGAUAAAUGUUAUUCAUCAUUGUACGACUUAUAUAAUCAAAGUUUUUCCAUAUCGGGGCAAAAAAAAUACUGUCGUAUUGCUUUAGGUUUAUUAUAUCAUCCAAAAUGCUUAAUUAACGAUAAAUUCUAUUGUAUUGUUUUAGUUAAUUCAAAAGAUGUUGAAAAAUCUGAUCCACCAUUUUUAAACCGAUUCGAAAAACAUACAGUCGAUUUAAAAGAUUUGGUAGAACCAUUACAUUGGACUACAACACAAAAUUUAUUAUUGUGGUUAGAAGAAUUGUUAACAAUUAAAACAAGUGCAAAACAUUUUGUUGUAUUACAGCAUCUAUUUGUCAACUUUAGCUGUGAUUACAUUUGUAACCUUGUUAUUGAUUCGCUUGAAUCAGGAAUAAAAGAAGAAGACAUAAUGAAUCACUGUAAGACACUGUUAAUUCGUGUAGCAACCUCCGAUUUACCAUUAUUAUUGGCUUUGAAAAAUGAUAAUGAAAACGAACAAUUAAUUGAACAGUACUAUUCUAUAAAAUCACAAUCCACUCUGGCUAAUAUGUUUGAAAAUAGUACAACAUUAAUAAAUCGGCAAGUAAUUUAUACUUAUACACAGAUUUACGAUAAUGUUAAUUAUCCGCCUACUAACCAUAUUAAAAUCGAUGAAGUUAAGUUUGCUAACUUCAAGUCAGAAAUAGAAUUAGUCAACAAAUUGAAGCAACAUUACCAAUCCGAAACAACAACACAAACACAUCUGUUGAUAAUUCGUGUCGAUUGUUAUAAUGAUCGUAAUCAUAUACUAUCUUUGAAACAUAACAUAAUCAAUAUCCACAAUGAAUUUAUUAAAAAUAUCAAAAAACAUAUAUGGAUUAUAUUUCAUUUACAGCGAAAUACGCUUAGCCAAUUGAACAAUGAUGUUUUGUUUAAUUCUUGGUCAUGUACCAUGAUUGAAAAUCUUAAUGACGCUGAACAAAAACAAAUUUUAUCUUAUGAAAUAUUUCAACAACCAUCUUAUCAAUAUCUGAUACAACAUACCUUAUUUCAUCCUAAAUUUUAUGAUUUAUUCGAUGAAUGUCUGUCAAAAUUUCGAUACAAUAUACCACAGACAACUGGCACAAAUUUCAUAAACACACGACGUAAUACCCUAUUAUCGUAUUUCAGUAAUGAUCAACAUGACGAAUUACGUACCAUAAUUAUGAAUAAAAUAAUUUAUCUUAUUCAACAUAUACAUGAUGAAAAACAUUUUACUGAUUGGCGAACAGAUUUAAUUACAAGUGCGACAAUAGCAGCAACAUCACGUUCAUUCUAUGAUGCAUUUCAGACAAUAAUUGCUAAUUUUUAUCAUUCAUAUUUUCUACUAUUAUUUUCAAGUUUAGAAAAACAAGCGAUAAUUGACAGUUACCUAGUUAUGACUGAAAAAGUUAAAGAUAACAAUAAAAAAUUAUUUUAUAUACAAAUAUGGGAGUAUUGUAUAGACACAAUUGUAACUAAUAUUAUUCAGAAAACACGUCAACUAAAUACCAAUGAAUACAUCGAAAUCUCAUUUGUAUCCGAACUUCAAUUUCCGUGUUCGUCAGCGGAAUAUGCAAUUAUUCGUAAGAUUCACGAAAGUCUAGUGUAUGAGAACGAUUCAAUAGUCACUGAAAAUCAUGCUUACAUACAACUUAAACAGGCUAGUUUUUAUAGAAAUUAUUUAGAAGAUCUUAUACUACCUGACGAUUAUUUAUUUACCCAAUACUAUCGUGAUCAACUAUUAAGAUUUCUGGAUGAGUACAAAAUUCAAUUAUCAAUCGAUUUUGUUCACCAUCUCCUAUGUGGGAGUAAAAAGCAACCUGUUGAUCAAAUUAAAUAUUAUCUUGCAAAUCCGAGUGAAUUAAAAGAUUUAUUGCGAAUAUUUGAAUAUGGUUCGCUUCUUCUAAAAACAGAUAUAGAAAAAAUCAUUGUUAAUAUUGAAAAUCCUAUUAAUUUUCCAUUAACAACAAACGACUUAUUUUAUAAACUGAUAUUGAAAGAUGAUGCGAUUUAUCAAAUUCCACCCAAAACAAGUGUGAACAAACUCGAUGAUGUUAAUGAGAAGUUUAUUUUCAAUUGUGAUGGUGACCCAAUGAUUGAAAAUUGUUUAAUGAAUCUGAUUGAAAUAAUUAUUACACCUAAAUAUUUACAAAAUAUUGAUAGUAUCCAAAAAAUUCUAUUUAUUUAUGGUCGAAUUAAUCAAGAAAUGCUGAAACUCAAACGAUAUACUGUCAGUAAUUUAGAAAAGUUACAACCACUUAUCAAUCUGUUAAAUUCUAUUGUCGCACUAUAUAAAGAUCCAUUGUACAUUUUCCAAAAUGUGUUUAAAAAUUAUAUUGCAACUAACAGUCUCAAUACCUGUUUAGGUAUUCAUGACUUUGUUAUCUAUCUUAGAAGAUUAAGUAAUAAUUUUAAAACAAAUUUGGAUGCAACUUUCACCAAUAAAAUUUUAAUAAAACUAGAAAUUGAAUUAUUGAAAAACUGGUUGCAAGAUAACAGUGACAAAUAUGAUUAUGUAUUACAAGUACUUAAUCAACCUAAUAAUGAUUUAUGGAAAUAUUCAGCCAAAAUUCUAACAUAUAUAGAAAGAAAUCUAGAAUUGUUUGAAAAUGUUGAAACAAAUCAUGGUCAAGUUGCAAUUAUAAAUGAAUUUGAACAGUUUGAACGAAGUUUGAAAAAGAUCAACAGUAUUCAUCGAACAAUGAAAAUUGAGCGUCUAAUCUCAAAUCGUAUUCAUUUGUAUUUAAAACAAUUGGUGCAAAAAGAGCAAAUUGAAAAUACAUUAAAUGAUAAUUAUGAAUAUUUUGAACAAAAUUUAAUACAACUACAAGAUAUCAUCAAUGAACAGCAGAUUGAACAACAUGUAAAAUUAAUUAGUUUAAUUUCAUGGCUGAAAUAUUAUGCAGAGAUGUAUGCUUAUUUAUUGAUAGUUAGUGAAUCGCAGCAUGAAAUUAUGCGACAAAUCGAUCGCUUACUAUCAAAUAAUGACUCAGCAAUAAGUUCAUCAAUAAAAAUAUUUAUUAUUAAACAGUCAAUGUAUUUUGCAAAUAUUUCAUUUGAUGGCAUGAAGAAAAUAGUAUCAAAUCGAAAUAUUGUAUGGUUAAAACCAAUUGUUAUACAGCAAGAUAACCAACAACAGGAACAAAAUAAUUUAAUAAUACCGACACCAUUAUUUGAAUUGAAAAAUGUAUCGAUUGAUAUCAGUUUUAUACAAAUGAUUGAAAAUCAACUUCAACAUCAACUACUUCAAAGUUUUGAACCGAUUGGUUAUCAUUUUAUUUUACUGUUGUGCAGAAAUUUUGAUAAUCAGUCAUAUUUUCAACUUAAAGCUGAUAUGACAGAUAACGACGUUUACCUUCGUCUCACAGCGUUGAAUAUUUUUGCAUUAUUUCUGUCAUCGAAAUGUACUACUAAUCUCACAUUUAUGAAUAGUCUCUUAUUUGAUACAAAUCGUAAAAUGCCAAAUAAUUAUUCACAACAUCUAAUGACAAGAUGUUUAUUAGGUUUAAUACCAAAUAAUAACCAUAUCGUAACACAAAUGAACCGCGUUAAACAUGAAGUGCAACAGAGACUGAAUAAGAGACAAAUUGAUGAGAAAGGAAAAUUUAUUUAUCAAUGUUCAAAAAAUUGUUAUUAUAUGUAUUAUUUUGAAGAUUGUGGUAUGCCAAAUGAUCGCUCUCGAUGUCCAUUGUGUAAAAACGAAAUUGGUUCAAACCGUCGUGGUUCUCAUCAGCUAUUGCAAAGAGAUCCACCGCAAAUACAAUUGCCAAUAGCAAACGCUUUUCAGUUAAUUGAUCAAUAUAUUGUUCAGUAUAAUCAAACGAACCGUUAUGGAUAUUAUGUUAAUGCUGUUCAAGCAGAUAAUUCUAUACUCAGUGAAUCUUCAGAUCAUUUACCACCAGUAGCUUAUCGGCUAUUCCAUAUGUUCACUCAUACGAUAAUGCUGAUGCUAUACGAAAUGAAAUAUCUACAACAGCCAAAAUCAAGUGGAUUAACAAUAAAUUAUUUUCGAGAACAUUUUCAAAAAGAUUAUCAGUUGAUUGGUAAUAUUAUUGCUGAACAUGAUGAACAUCAAAUAUGGCUCUGCAAAAUUUUGAAUCACUUAGCAUCGAAUGAUGUUCAUGUCAAUGGUGUUUUAGAUACAAAUGUGAAAGUGAUUGAAUUUGAAAAGCGCCUUGAGCAAACUAUCGUAUUGCCGCAUAUUCAAUCAGUUCCGAAUGAAAUAAAACAGUAUCGACUAGCUUAUAGUGAAUUUAUACGAGAAAAUCAUGCUGAACCGCCUUUUUAUGAUUAUAUUAAUGAACUAGUGGAAAAUGAACAACGAUAUCCAUUAUUAAAUUUUUUAACUGUGACAAGAAGCACUAACAAUAUUGUUAAUGAAUUUCAUACGAAGUUUUAUUUACUACGGUACGAAGAAUUAUAUCCAAUAACAGAUUAUGUUUUGAAACAUUUACUGGAAAUCGAACAAAUCCAAUUUAUUUAUCCAAUUGUGAAUUUCACAAACUAUUUGUUACAAAAAUAUAAUCAUCGUAUUCUAUGA